GGGCCGGUCAUAGCAAGGGAGCUUUAAGCUUACCCUGCCUCUUCUUUGCAGAGCUCACGAUGCCUAUCUUGAGAGCUGCACGCCUAACAGUGCCCAUACUUUGAUACUCCCCGCUUUGCUGCGUCAACCGUGUAACAACAUAACCUUGGUUCCAGUACUUGUUGAAGCUCGAGCUUCGGCUGCCUGCAUGGAAACUCGACAAUCAUGAGGCUCUCAUAUGCAAGAUGCGCCAUCCUGGCACCAGCUCUAGCAUCCGCGGCAGCGCUCGCAAUACUAGAACCUACACAGCACUUCGCGGUAGCAGCAGUCAACUGGAGUCCCGCGCCGACAGCAGCACCACAAUUCAAGAUCUUCGGCCGCGAAGCUCUGCAGGCAAAUGAGGGCAACACAUGCGGCUACAUCUCCGGGCUGUCGGCAUCCUCAAUAACAUGCCCUAACUCGCAGAUAUGUGCAACAAAUACCUUCUUCGGCGUGCACGGGUGCUGCGACCCUUCUUCGCUGUCCGCAUGCAUCAUCGCAACGACUUGCAUUCCAUCUAGCGUCAUGAGUGCAUCCUGCACAAACGACGCCUGCUCAAGUGACAACGCGAUAGCAAAAUGCACAGAAAGCACAGCACCGGAAUGCUAUAAAUGGCUUUUUGCUUAUGAGAGCACGACAAUGACGCAGAAUGGAUGUGCCGCGAGGGGAUUCACGAGCACGGCGCCGUAUAGCUACGGCCUGACAUCUACACCGAGCCCGAUAAUCGUUACUGUUACAGCUUCUGCGUCGCCUGCGAGCACACCGACGUCGACCUUGAAUGAAGGAGAAGGAGGGGAGAAGAAGCAAACCCUCGGCCCAAUCGUAGGCGGCACAAUCGGCGGCUGCACAAUCCUCUCCCUCGUCGCCCUAACCGCUUUCCUCAUCCACCGUCGGCGCGUCAAUGCCAGACAAGAACACGCUCAAACACAUCCCCCACUCACCUCGCAAUAUUAUCACAAUAGCCCAGAGUUCGACCCGAAUGGAUUCCCUACCACGAAUGGGUGGAGCGAGCAGGAUAUCAAGAACUGGCAGCAGCAGGGCGGUGUGCACCGGCCGGGCGUUCCGUAUUUUGGUGUCUCGGAAGUCCAUGGAUACGACAGGGCGGUUGAAGUGGAGGCGCCUGAAAAGACUAAACCAGGGCAGUGGCAGGUCCCUGGAACGCGGCCGGUGGAAGUCGAAGCGGAAGCGCCGGUGAGGGAUGAGAAACGAAGGUUUUGGAGAGGGCCGGUGGAGGCGCCUACAUAAGCUCGCUGGGUAAGAAAAGGGCCUUGAAUGUGUUUUUUGCUGCUGGCUUCGGCCUUCUUCGCUUCGUUGUUUGUUGUUCAUAUAUAUACCCUCGCUUGAGCGUGCAUUGGGUGGCGUCCGAAAAAGUACACAGAAGUCUUGAUACUUCACAUUACG